AAAACACAAUUCAAAGUCUGGUUUUCUCCCUCUCUGCUUCGAUUUUAAGCUGUCUUUCCCUUCAUUCUAUAUGUAAACCCUCUGUGGACUCUUGCUCUUCCUAAAUACUCUCUCUCUCUUCUUUUCUUACUCUACAACUCAAAAUCAAAUCUAUCACCUUUCCUUUUUUGUUUUUUUUGUUUACUCUUUUUAAGGUUUCGAUCGUCCGUACACUUUCUAGGGUUUAUUACUUGACUGUCGCUUGCUCUCUCUUGAGAUUGUCGUCGUCCUUGUUUUUUGCAACUGAGAUUACUGUCGAUUUCACUUCACCCCGCCAUGGCGGCUGAGAGGCUUCGAGAUUUGAGUCAGCCUAUUGACGUCGCCUUGCUCGACGCCACUGUUGCCGCCUUCUACGGCACCGGAUCUAAAGAAGAAAGGACAGCUGCAGAUCAGAUCUUGCGGGACUUGCAAAACAAUCCUGACAUGUGGCUCCAGGUUGUGCACAUCCUGCAGAACACAAAUAACCUGAACACCAAGUUUUUUGCUUUGCAGGUUCUUGAAGGAGUUAUUAAAUAUAGAUGGAAUGCAUUGCCUUCUGAGCAGCGUGAUGGAAUGAAGAAUUAUAUUUCUGAAGUCAUUGUACAGCUUUCAAGCAACGAGGGAUCUUUUCGAUUAGAACGGCUGUAUGUCAACAAACUGGAUAUCAUAUUGGUUCAGAUUUUGAAACAUGAGUGGCCUGCUAGAUGGCAAAGCUUUAUUCCAGAUCUUGUUGCUGCUGCCAAAACCAGCGAAACAAUAUGUGAGAAUUGCAUGGCAAUAUUAAAGCUUCUAAGUGAAGAAGUGUUUGAUUUUUCAAGAGGGGAAAUGACUCAGCAGAAGAUCAAAGAGCUCAAACAAUCAUUGAACAGUGAGUUUCAGCUCAUUCAUGAGUUAUGCUUGUAUGUGUUAUCGGCUUCUCAGAGAACUGAGCUUAUACGAGUGACACUGUCCACCUUGCACGCAUUUCUUUCUUGGAUUCCCUUGGGCUAUAUUUUUGAAUCCCCAUUACUUGAAACACUCUUGAAAUUUUUUCCCCUGCCAUCGUAUAGGAAUCUCACUCUACAGUGUUUAACAGAGGUUGCUGCCCUCAAUUUUGGUGACUUCUAUAAUGGGCAGUAUGUUAACAUGUACAACAUAUUCACGGUUCAGUUACAGACCAUUCUCCCACCAAAUACAAAUAUUCCUGAGGCUUAUGCGCAUGGUUCUGGUGAGGAACAGGCAUUUAUCCAGAAUCUUGCACUCUUUUUUACAUCGUUUUACAAGUUUCAUAUCCAAGUGCUGGAAUCCACACAAGAGAAUAUAAAUGCAUUGCUAAUGGGUCUUGAAUAUCUAAUUAAUAUCUCAUAUGUGGAUGACACAGAGGUUUUUAAGGUUUGCUUGGAUUAUUGGAACUAUUUGGUUUUGGAGUUAUUUAAUGCAUACCGUAAUCUGGAUAAUCCUGCAGUAGCUGCUAACAUGAUGAACCUGCCGAUGCCUUUAAUUCCAGCCGUGGUUGAUGGUAUUGGAGCACAACUGAUGCAGCGAAGGCAGCUUUAUGCUCUUCCAAUGUCCAAAUUGAGAAUGCUGAUGAUCUGUCGUAUGGCUAAGCCUGAAGAAGUCUUGAUAGUUGAAGAUGAAAAUGGGAACAUUGUCCGUGAAACCAUGAAGGACAAUGAUGUUCUUGUUCAAUAUAAGAUAAUGAGGGAGACGCUGAUAUACUUGUCACACCUUGAUCAUGAGGAUACUGAAAAGCAGAUGCUAAAAAAGUUAAGUAAACAAUUGAGUGGUGAAGAUUGGACGUGGAACAAUCUAAAUACUUUAUGUUGGGCCAUAGGAUCCAUAUCUGGGUCCAUGAUGGAAGAGCAGGAAAACAGAUUUCUAGUCAUGGUCAUUCGUGACUUACUGAAUCUAUGUGAAAUGACUAAAGGGAAAGAUAACAAAGCUGUUAUUGCAAGUAAUAUAAUGUAUGUUGUUGGACAGUAUCCAAGAUUUUUGAGAGCUCAUUGGAAGUUUUUAAAAACAGUUGUGAAUAAGUUAUUUGAGUUCAUGCAUGAAACUCAUCCUGGAGUUCAGGAUAUGGCUUGUGAUACAUUCUUGAAAAUUGUUCAGAAAUGCAAGCGUAAGUUUGUGAUUGUACAGGUUGGAGAAAAUGAACCAUUUGUGUCUGAACUUCUAUCAGCCCUUGCAACAACUGUUGCAGAUCUUGAACCUCACCAGAUCCAUAUAUUUUAUGAAUCUGUUGGUCAUAUGGUUCAAGCAGAGUCUGAUACCCAGAAGAGGGAGGAAUACUUACAGAGGUUGAUGGCUCUUCCAAACCAGAAAUGGGCUGAAAUUCUAGCACAGGCACAUCAAAGUGUGGAUUUUCUGAAAGAUCAAGAUGUCGUGAGGACCGUGCUUAAUAUUUUACAGACAAAUACAAGUGUUGCCAGUUCUCUUGGAACAUUCUUCUUGUCACAAAUUUCUGUGAUCUUUUUGGACAUGUUAAAUGUCUACAAAAUGUACAGUGAGCUUAUAUCAAGUAGCAUAGCAGAAGGUGGGCCUUUUGCAUCUAAAACAUCAUAUGUAAAACUUCUGCGUUCUGUUAAGAGGGAGACUCUAAAGCUCAUUGACACAUUCUUGGACAAGGCUGAAGAUCAACCGCAGAUCGGAAAACAGUUUGUGCCCCCAAUGAUGGAUCCUGUCCUUGGUGACUAUGCUAGGAAUGUACCUGAUGCCAGAGAGUCAGAAGUGUUAUCCCUUUUUGCAACAAUAAUAAAUAAGUACAAGAGUGCAAUGAUAGAUGAUGUGCCUCGGAUAUUUGAAGCCAUUUUCCAGUGCACACUGGAGAUGAUAACCAAAAAUUUUGAAGAUUACCCGGAACAUCGACUCAAGUUCUUUUCAUUGCUUCGUGCCAUUGCAACUCACUGUUUUCCUGCUUUGAUUCGGCUGUCAAGUCAGCAAUUAAAGCUGGUAAUGGAUUCAAUUAUUUGGGCAUUUCGGCAUACUGAACGGAAUAUUGCCGAAACUGGGUUAAAUCUUUUAUUGGAGAUGCUGAAGAACUUCCAGGCUUCUGAGUUCUGUAACCAUUUCUACCGGACAUAUUUUUUGACAAUUGAGCAAGAAAUAUUUGCUGUUUUGACAGACACGUUUCAUAAACCUGGGUUCAAGUUGCAUGUUCUAGUACUCCAGCACUUGUUUUGCUUGGCUGAGAGUGGCUUGUUAACGGAGCCUUUGUGGGAUGUUGCCACAAUUUCUUAUCCGUAUCCGAAUAAUGCAAUGUUUGUUCGUGAGUAUACCAUAAAACUUUUGGGUACUUCAUUUCCCAACAUGACUGUAUCAGAGGUGACUCAAUUUGUGAAUGGAUUAUUUGAGUCAAGAACUGACCUUUCCACAUUUAAGGAUCACAUACGGGACUUUCUGGUGCAAUCAAAAGAAUUUUCAGCUCAGGACAACAAAGAUCUAUAUGCAGAAGAAGCUGCCGCUCAACGGGAAAGAGAGCGGCAACGAAUGCUUUCUAUUCCAGGGCUUAUUGCCCCUAGUGAGAUACAAGAUGAAAUGGUGGACUCAUAGAAUGGCUAACUUUGCUAUUGGAAAUCAAUAUCAUCAUUAUAAUUUUUUUUAAUCUGGGAGUUGCUCUAGGCGUCUCGAUUCAGUUACAGGAAUCAGGUGGUGAGACCUGAACAGAGGUAGGAGCAUUUUUUCCCAUUCUUUAUCAUCCCAAGAAUUUUUAAUUCAUAUAUGGAAAGUGGUGGAUCGUGAAGGGGCAAUGGUGCCAAUGUUUGGUUGAUGCAAGCGUCGGUGCUUCUGUCUUUCUUUAUUGGUUGGGUGUAGGGUAAUUUUUAGAAUGCUAAUGUAGGGGUUAUACCAAGUGGAGUAAUUGUAGCAGUUUCUUCUGAAUCCAGUUUUAUAUUUUUGUAUUCAGUGGACUAAUUUUCAAGUGUUGAUUCAGUCCUUUUAGGUGUUAAUAGAUACUACAGCAGUGACCUGGGUGAGUUGUGAAGAAAAUUCCGUUAAUAUUUCAUAUUAAUAGAAUGAAUGGUCUGUUUUUUUGUGUU